AUGGAGUCGGAGCCAGGUACUGACCUUCCCAAGAAUGACAAUGACAAUCCCAGGGAACCAGACACUGGCAGUCCCAAGAACCCAGACAACGACAAUCCCAAGGAGUUAGAAGGUGGUAACCCCAAGAAUGACAAUGACAACUUUGAGAAAUCGGACAAUGCCAACCCCAAGGAGUCAGGAAGUGACAGUCCCAAGAAGGCAGACACUGACAGUCAAGAGGUGGCAGAUAAUGACAAACCUAAGGAGGCAGAUAGCGACGGUUCCAAAAAGCCAGACAAUGACAGCUCCAAGAAGGCAGACACUGACAAUCAACUGGAGACAGGCAAUGAACCUAAGGAUGACAAUGACUGCAUGACCAAGUCGGAAAAUGAGGUGAGAAGUAGGAUUUUUGAAGUAUCCGGAUGUCAUUUCGACCGGUAG